GUUUCCUUCCACCUUGGGCAGGUCACAGGAUGGGUCUGUCAGUAGUGUCUGCAACCCCAGCACAACCAGGCAAACGCAUUCGUCUGUAUGUGGGGUGCCUUGUUGGUUCACUGGACCCGUCGCUCUGACACUCCCGGCCCCAACUUAACAGGAGUCCUAGACCUACUCGUCAGAGCUAAUUUAGAAUCUGAUUCUAAGAAAAAACAGGUCCCUAAAUUUCACACAAUUGAUUGAAUCUCAAGUAAAACUCACGUUUCCUGUGUGUACAGAAAAAUGGAGUCUGUGUCUCCGUUACAAACAUUUUUAGGUAUGGAUCUAACAAUAUCACGUAUAGAAUGUUUCCCUGAGGACAUUCUGGUGAAAUUUCAAGGCAGAAGUAAUACUGAAUGUGAGUUUGACUAUCACAUAUUGCAGAGGGAAAUACAGCAUAUUCCCAAAGUAAAAAAUAAUGUAGACAUUGAUGAUUUUUGUUUGGUAGAAGAAAGAGCAUCUGGAGAAUGGGAGAGAGGAAGAGUUGUGGAAAAGAAAAAUGAACUCUAUACUGUGCUCCUCAUAGAUAGUGGAGAAGAACGAAGAGUUGAUAGCACACAGGUUGCUUCAGCCUGUGGCAACUUAUUUGAGCUGCCACCACGGAUGGUAUUUGGUAUUUUUACCAACAUACUGCCAGUUGGGGAAAAAUGGUCCCCUAAGGCUUUGAAUUAUUUCAAGUCUUUAGUAGGACUGCAAGUGAAAGGUUAUGCACAAGCUAUUUUGCCUCUUCAGAUGAUUCUUCUUGAAGUGCCCAAAAUUAUAUCCCAGGUUCUUGAAUUACAGUUAGGAAGACUUAUUGAUGGGGAUUCAUUUUAUCUUAUUGUGGAAAUGUUAAAAGAAUUCCCGCAACAAAAGCCGGAUUUAUUACAGCAUGGAAGACCUGAAUUGUCAUUAAAUAAUAAAGACACUUUACUUGAUAUUCAACACAUUCUGGAUAAUUUGCAGCCAUCAUUGUCAGUAGGUCAUAUUGGAAGUGUAAAAGUAUCAUCUGCAUUGAGCCCAAGUAAAUUCUAUUGUCAGUUAACUAAAUGGAUCCCAGAGUUAGAAAACUUGACAGUGCACAUGACUUUGCAUUAUGAUAGUCUCAGUCAAGAAAGUAGUCCCAUGUGUGAUAAUUUCGGAUUACUGUGUGUUGCCAAAAGGAGAAAUGGACAGUGGCACAGAGGAAUUCUUCAGCAGCUGUUGCCCAAUAAUCAAGUGAAAAUUUGGUUUAUGGAUUAUGGCAGUAGUGAGGCUAUCCCCUCAAUUUAUGUAAAGAAACUUAAGCAGGAUUUUAUGUCAGUACCGUUAUUUUCAUUUCCAUGUUCCCUGACAUAUUUACAUAGUCCAGAUAGAGAUGCAAGAAAAUCCCAACUGAAUGUAUUCAAACGAGCUUUGUUAGGACAGAUUGUUUUAGCACACAUUGAUUGGUUCAGUAAGGAUGAGCAUUUGUAUUAUGUGACAUUACAAACUCAAGAGUCUAUAAUUAAUUCGAGGUGUCAGAAAACUGUGGGCACACCAGUACUUUGUCCAGUGUCUGAUUUAAAAAUUUCUAAUUGGCUAAAAGAGACUAGUGCUUUUGAUAUGAACAGCUUUGCAGCCCAGAGUUUUAUUGGAAAUAUUGAUUCUCUAAAUAAAAAAGAUACUUUGAAAGUAGGUUUUCCUAUUAAAACUGUAGAAAUGGAGGUAGAGGCCACCUACAUAGCUUUUGUAGCAUAUGUCUUAAACCCAUCCAAUUUCUGGGUACGCACUAAUGAACAUCAAAAUGAAUUUCAAGUUAUAAUGAAAAAUAUAAACAAAUUUUAUGACUUGUGUGAAAAUGAUGACCUGAUCCUAAGAAAUCCGGAACCUGGGUUGUUUUGUUGUGCUAGGUACAGCAAGGACAGAUGUUUUUACAGAGCUGUCAUUACUGAAAUUAAUAGUUAUAAGAUUAAUGUGUACUUUCUGGAUUAUGGAAAUACUGAUUCCAUACCGUUUUUCGAUGUAAAAAUUUUGCUUCCAGAGUUUUGUGGAUUGCCUGCCUUAGCCAUGUGCUGUUCACUUGCACAUGUAUUUCCUGUUGAUGAUUUAUGGGUAAAGGCUGCAAUUGAUUAUUUUAAAAAAAUUGUCUUGAACAAAGAAAUUUUGCUUCAAGUUAUAGCAAAAAAAGACGACAAGUACACUGUAAAUAUUCAGAAUAUUGAAGCCUCUGAAAAUAUUGAUGUUGUCUCUCUUAUGUUACAAGCUGGGUAUGCAGAAUAUUGGGAAGUAGAACCAGAAUCUGUAAGUGAAUAUUCAAUGUUAAAUUUAAAAUCUAAAGACAAAGACAAUAUUAAGGAAGUCACGUCUGCUUUUCUUGAAGUACCUAAAUCUAAAAUGUACCAUUCAAAUAAGCUGAAAGAAAGUAACUUAACUUUGUUAAAAUCUUCAGCUGUCAAUUUCUCAGAUUUAAAAAAUCCUUUCAUCUUGUCUGUGGGACAUGAGUCACCAUGGCCUUACAAAGAAUAUUUUUUUAAACCAGGAACAGUCAUUGACAUUAAGUGUUCUUCUUCUUGUGGCCCAGGUGACUUUUCAUGUCAGCUCCAGUGUAAGUUAGAAGAUCUAAAAUUACUAAUGGAACAAAUUCAGAAUUAUUAUAGCUUACAUCCUGAUCCUUUUCAGAUUGGGCAGGUUGCUUGUAUUGCUAAGUAUUCCAAAGACGGGAAGUGGUAUAGAGCUGCUAUUUUGACUCAAAUAUCAAUAAAGGAAGUUGACAUAGUAUUUGUUGAUUAUGGUUACCAGGAAAGAGUUUUAAUUAAAGAUCUUUGUGCUAUUAACCCACGUUUUCUUUUCUUAGAAGCCCAAGCUUUCAGAUGUAGUCUUAACCAUGUAGUUGAUCCAAUUAGUCGUAAAUUACUCAAGUGGACAAAAGAGGCUUGUAGAGACUUUGGGAACUUUGUUACUUCAUCUAGAGGGUUAUUGACUUGUGUUAUCCACGCCUUAGUUCUUAUAAACCCAAACUAUCUCUGUAAUCUAGUGGAUUUACAAUCUCCAUCUACUAGUGCAGAAGAAUUUCUCAUUAAUCAUGGAUCUGCACAGUACAGCACAUUGUCAAAGCCAUUCCCAUCUUCAAUUCAUCUUUACAGUUACUAUUAUUCUUCCUUUAACAUAAAAAUUGGAAGUGAGGAAGAAAUAUAUAUAUCUCACAUAUAUAGUCCCAAAAAGUUUUAUUGCCAGCUUAGCAGAAAUAAUAAAGACCUAGAGAUGAUAGAAUCAAAAAUUUCAGAGAUUAAUAACCUCAAGAAUUAUAGAAAAUGUAAUUCUAGUAAUAUGAGACUGUGCCUAUCCAAGUAUAUGGAGGAUGGUCUCUCUUACAGAGGUUUAGCAGUACCAACAGAUUCACUCUCUGACUUUCUAGUCUAUUUUGUGGACUUUGGAAACAAGCAGUUAGUGGAAGAAAGUAUGCUGAGGCCUAUUUCAGAUCAGUUUCCAGAGUUGCUCCUUACACCUAUGCAAGCUAUUAAGUGUUUUUUGUCAGAUCUUAGAGAUGUAGAUAUUCCAGCAGAAAUCAGUAGCUGGUUUGAAGAUAAUUACUUGGGUAAACCAUUAAGGGCCAUAAUAUUAUCCAGGGAGUCGGAUGGCCAGCUUGGAGUAGAAUUGUAUGAUGGAUAUCAACAUAUAAAUCAGAAAAUUAAAAUGUUGCUCCAUGCUUAUAGAAAAAAGCACUGCAGCCAAACACACUGUGUAGAAAAAGGUGAUAAAGUAAAUGAGAACAGGAGACAUACUCUUUCUUUGAAAGGCAAAGUAGAAAAUAGCCAUCAGCAUAAUAGUCUAGUAGCAUAUUCUGAAAGCAAAAUAGAUCAAUUAAUGAAUUCCAAAAGUGUAUAUGCCAGGCUUUUGAAACCAUCAGUUUGUUAUAAAAUUGAACCUGUGCUGAAAAACAAAGUGAAGAUGUCUUUGAAUGAUGGAAUUAAAAAUAAGUGUGUUAAGAUUGUCUCUGGAUCUGCACAUAUUCUUGGUGAACAUGAUGUGGGCCAGAAUUCAGAAAAGGUUGUUUCACAGUCUUUUAUCAAAGAAUUUAAUCAAGCAGCCUCAAGAAACCUGCAUAACCUUACAAGACCACAGAUUAAAGACCUUCCUCAACCCAAAAUUUAUUUGAAUGCCAAAGUUAAAGGGUAUGUUUCUAAUAUCAGUAAUCCAGCAAGUUUCCAUAUUCAACUUGCUGAAAAUGAAAAUGUAAUCAUCAGACUUGCAGAUGCUCUAAAUGAUAGAAGAGCAAAUACAAUGGAGAGAAAAUUAGUUAAACCCAUGGUGGGAGAUCUUGUUGUUGCAGAAUACUCUGGCGAUAAUGCCAUCUACAGAGCAGUUAUUAAGAAAAUCUUUCCAGAAAAUUCUUUUGAAGUGGAAUUUAUUGACUAUGGUAACUCUGCUGUAGUACACAUAUCUAAAAUUUAUGAAUUUAAGAGGGAGUUCUUGACUGUUCCUCAGCUGGGAAUCCAUUCUUUUCUUAGUGGAGUCAAAUGGAAUGAGCCUGAUGAAAUAUGGGACAGCAAAACUGUGGAUUAUUUUGCAUCAAAAGUAAGUAACAGAGCUGUUUCUUGUGAAUUUUUGAAAAAACAUGAACAAAAAUGGGAAGUCAACAUAAUCUGUGAUGAAAAGUAUGUCAUCAGUGAACUGUUGAAAUGGACAGCAUGUUCAAAACUACAGAAAACAGUUUUGCAAAGACCUCAUGUUGUCUCUCAAAAGGUGAGCUAUGGUGAGGAGAGCGAAGUGAAGAAAGGGGGAACCAGUGAACAUGGAGGUUCUGUGAUCCCUCAGCCAUCCAGCCAACACCUGGUUACGAUUCCUCUUGAAGCCUUAAAACCUGGACAACUUGAAAAGGCUGAAAUACUUUAUGUUUCAAAAAGUGGGACAUUUUACGUGAAGUUAGAUAAAAAUAAGACAGUUCUAUCAGAUUUAACAAUAUUAAUUUCUAGAGAAGUGAAAAAAUCCUCUUUUAUAUCUAUGAACAAUAUUGAGAAAGGCUUAGAGUGCUUGGCAAAAUCUAAGAAAACUUUCAAGUGGUAUCGAUCAAAAGUAGAGAGAAAGUGUGUUGAUGAGAAAGUGCUUGUUUUUUUGGUUGAUCGUGGUAGGUAUGAAAUAGUGCCUUUAAAUCAUACCAAGGUGCUUAGUAAUGAAAUCAGAAAUAUUCCAAGACAGGCCGUGCCUUGUAAGUGGAUUUGGCUUGAAAAUUUUAGGAACAUGUCAUUUGACUCCAUUGUGUGUUUAUUUGCUCAUUUGGAAAUAAAUAUCCUUUUCCUGAAAUACUUAGACACUGCCUGGGAAGUAGAAAUUUUGCUAGAUGGCUUGUUGCUUUUAGAAUAUUUAAAUACAGUCCUUGUAAAAGAAAACAAACUCAGACCUUCAGAAACUAUUUUCAACCUGGAAUCUAAGGCUUCAGUGUCAUCCUGUACAAUAAGGUCAUUUACUUGGGCACAGCUCCAUAGUGGCGGGCAGUACUCUGGCAUUGCCACUGCUGUUUCUGAUCCAUCCAACUUCUGUGUUCAGUUAGAAGAUUUCUUUGACACAAUGAAAUCUCUUUUUAUGUUGCUUUCUGAUCUGCCAGAAGAUUUGCAGACAGUGCCCCAAGAACACAUAAUUCCAGGUUCUAGUUGUUUGUUCAAAUAUGAAAUAGAAGAUCAGUGGAACAGAGUAGAAAUUUCUAAAGUCUCUAAUCAGUCUUUAGUUCUUGUAUUCAUUGACUAUGGAUUUUCUGUUUACAUACCUUAUUCCGAUAUAAAACAUCUUAAAGUUGUUCCUGAGGAGCUUUUGAAUUUGCCAAGGCUAAGUUAUCCGUGUAGCUUAUAUGGUAUCUCACCUGUCAAAGGGGAGCAUUGGAAUGAAGAAGCAAAAUCUGUCUUUCAAGAUUUCCUAAGUAAACCAGGCUUAGUUUUUCAGUUCAGGAAACAUAGUUUUGAAACAAAAAUGAAAGUAGAUGUCAUUCAUGAGAAAAACAGUGUGGCAGAUAUAUUAGUUUCAUCUGGUCUUGCACUGUAUUCUGAAGAUUCAGAACAUAUUGAUGCAUUUUCUGCUGGAUCUACUAAAACCCAAUAUAAAUCACAGAGUCAGCCUGUUUGUCCAUUGUUACAUCAAAAUGGUUACAAAAGAGAGAAUAUAAAUUAUUUAUGCCCCGAAAAACAAAAACUGAAAAAGCAGAAGUCUGUAAAGAGGAAAGAUGUCUAUAAGAAACUCUUAAGAAAAAACCGUAUUAGGAAAAGAUUAUUACAUUCCAGAAAUUUAACUCUCAGAAAGAUUGAUAGUGAAAAACAAGAUCCCCAACGCACCAUUACAUUUGGUACAUACGCAGCAGCUUCAUUUUGGGAAUCACCUACUGGCUUGAAGAGCUCCAGUUGCCUCGAAAACAUUUUUCAGAAACUACCAACUGAAGGGAUGCAGGAGAAUAACACAGUGAACCCCAGAACAGCGGGGCAAGCAUCACACGUGAAUGACAAGACUGUGUCAGAAGAACACUUGAAAGUAGGGGCAGAUGAAAGUUCAGAUCGUUUAUGCAUCAGCUUGGCAACAAAUGAUCCCUAGGAUGCCAAAUAAUCACUCUUGUUGUAGACGCUGUGAUCUGUAAUAGAAGUGGUCUUCAGAUCAAGAGGAACUGUACCUGAGGACCCUCUCCCAGAGAGCCUGCUCUACUCUUGGACUUGAUUUAGGUGAUGAAGUCUGAGACUGUCGUGAUGCCAUAAUAGAUUGAGACUUUGGAGUCUUGGGAGAGGGGUGGUGUGUUCUGCUUAUGGCAAUGACAUGGAUUGUUGUGGCCAGAGAGUGGACUGUGUUACAUUGUAUUAGACAAAGAUUGUUGUGGUGGUAUAUUUUCUGCCCACAUGCUCUUAUACAAUGUGAUUUUGCCCUUUGCCAUCCACAGGUAGAGUAUGAUUUCCCUUCUCUUGCACCUGGGCAGCCUUAUAACUGCUUUGACUGAAGCACAAGGCAGAAUUGGUACCAUGUGACUUCAGAAGGCUGUGUCAUGAAAAAUGAACUCUUCACCUUAUUUUGUGAAACACUUGCCCCUCACUGUUGUCCUGGCUUUUUCCAUCAUGCAAGAAACUCAGCUACCACAUGGAGCCUGAGGAGACCCGUGGUUGGGGUGGGGGGUGGGUAGAAGUCUCCUGUCAGCAGUUCCAGACCCAGUCUUUGAGCCUUGCUCAGGCCGUGGGCACUGUGCAGACAAGCCAGCUCCACAGGCCCAUCAUGUCAGCCUCUAAGAUGCGGCCUCUGUGAAUUUAACAGCAUAGUUUAAGCUUUACGUUAGACUUUGAGGUAGUAACUGGUACACUGAAUUACCUUAAAAACCACAUAAGAAUUAUUUAAUGUUUAAGUGGAUAGUAAGGGUAAAGGAGUUUGAUAAUGAGUAAAGUGUGAGUUUAGUGAAAAAGUGUAUGAUACAUUUAAACUACCUGGUGACUUGAUUAUUCAUUUAUUCAGUUUUGGGACACUAAGUUGCACGGUUAUAUCUGAGUUGUAGAUAGUUAACUUUACAACUGUAUAUUAGUUUGUACUAGCUUAUUUGCAAAUGAUUUAUAAACAUUUGCAUUUUGUUCUCAGUUCAAAAAUAAAUAUGAUUCUCUCCAUUUGUCUCUAUAGUUUACACAUAAGAUGAGUGUACACUGAUUUACUGAAUAUUAAAAUUGGUCAUUUUUUCAGAGAAUACAAUUCAUUACCUUUUUUUUUCUUUUUUUAAAGACUUUUACUUUUUUUUUAAAUUAAUUUAUUUAUUUAUACUAGCACUGGGUACGGUCAGAAGCGCGGGAGGGUGAGAGAAUUCACCAGAGCCAGAGCAGGGAACAGAACAGGCAGACUGACGAAGUACACUGCUGAGGGGAGCAGCGGGUGGCAGGAGAGGUCUGUGUGCCAUGUGGGACCCUCGUCGGUGGCCAGGGAUCCAACUGGCGCUGCAGAGGCUGCGGGCAGCUUCACAACCCAGCGCUCAACCGCUGCGCCACCAGGGAGGCCCUAUAAUUCAUUAUCUUAAAAAUAGUUAGAAAACGUUAUAGAUGAUUUAGGAAAUAGGGAAUUACAUAUCAGUGUUAACCCUUAUAUUAUUAAGGGUUGUUGUCUGCCUUUAAGGAACUUCAUUCUUGGUAAUUUAUACAUAUAAAUUAAAUGCUUUUAUGAGGUAAAGAUUGUAGAUAAAAGAGCAAAAUUUUUCUAGCAGUUAAGAAAACUAUUUCUGUACUUUAUUGCAGGGUUUUACUGACAUCUAGUGGCAUUCAGUCUUAUGUGGUUUCAAUUCCUUUUAAAUUUGUUUCUAUUCAUCUUUCCAUGGCUGUCUUCUUGUAAUUUUUAGACAAAGAUAUUUCAGAUGCAUAAAGGGUAGAUUUUUUUUGGAUUUAUGAUAUUAUAUAUACCUCAUAUAAAUUAUAUAUGAAUAAAAUAUGAUCCU